AUGACUGAAGCGACAGGGUCGAUAGCCGCCGGCACCGCAGCACCCGCGCAGGGGAGUGUCAUGGACCGCAUGUGGCCUAUAUUGCGCAUGAUAUGUAUUUACUAUGCGUUUACUUCAUUUAUGAACAUGUUUCUUACGCCACAGCAGCCACACUACGUGCGUCCCGACAUCCAAGACGUCGUUGUUCAUAAUGCGGACAAAUCGAAUAGUGGCCCCUCUCACCUUGAACUUUUGGCCAAUUCGUUUCAGUUAGGUGAUCGCAUAAAUUUGAGAGUGUAUGUCACUCAUGACCAAAAUUUUGUAUUUGCGGAUAACAAUAACGUUGCCGCUCUGGAGAAGGAGCAGGAAACACUGCGAUGGUUUGAGGAGAUGCUUACGUACGAUGCUACUCCCAACUCAGAGCGUGAGGACGGCAUGUGGACGUGCCAUAUAAAUGUGACGGUAGAUGAUCAUUUACUGACCAAUGGCUCUGUUUACGCGCACGUGUUUGUAACAAAAGACGGCUACUCGCCCAACUUGAUGGACAGCACGUACGAUGCCAUGAACUGUAUCCAUCGCUCACUUGAGCUCACGACCUUUCGUCCACGACCAAAACUUGUUAAGAAGCGCAAUUUACUGGAGACACAGAGGGAGCAAGAACUUGAAGUGAAGGAAUCUCAUGAUACUGAUACGUAUAUUGCAAUGUGGAAACCAUCGUUUUAUGUGAACCUAUUGCUGGACCAUACGACGUAUUCGAUGCGGCAACCGCCACCGCCAUUCGUGUCAACGGAGAUGGGUAUAGAUAAGGAAGCUGGACUGUAUUUACCGGUGCUAUUUUUGAAUGAGUUUUGGCUGCUGGAAGAGCACCUUAUACCUGUAAACGACACACUGACGGCUUUACCAUUGGAUAUUUCAUUCUACCCACUGCCCAUGUACAAGUACGCGCUAUAUACGCAGAUGGAGCAAAAUUUACGCAACCAGGAAGCUUCUGGCGCGUCGUCAAAACGCGAAACAGACAACAUGAAACGCAUUUUCCUCGAGACAAAUCCAUAUCUGCUGGCAGUGACGAUGAUGGUGUCGUUGUUACACUCUCUGUUUGAUUUUCUGGCGUUUAAGAACGACGUAAGUUUUUGGAAGAACCAAAAGUCGCUUGCGGGCUUGUCGUUGCGUUCGAUUGUGCUCAACACGUUCUUCCAGCUCGUGAUCUUUUUGUACUUGAUGGAUAAUGACACGUCGUGGCUGAUCCUUUUUCAGUCGGGUAUUGGUCUUGUUAUUGAAAGUUAUGAAGACUCACCUACUGCCGAACACGACCGCGUGGCUGUGGCUCACUUGUCGUAUGUUCUGUACCCGCUGGUUGUCGGUCAAGCUCUGUUCACGCUCGUGUAUGGUGUGCACAAGAGCUGGUACUCGUGGUUUGUUUCGAGUCUGACGAGCUUUGUGUACGCGUUUGGGUUUAUCAUGAUGACCCCUCAGUUGUACAUCAACUACAAGCUAAAAUCAGUGGCGCAUUUGCCGUGGCGUGCCAUGGUGUAUAAGUCAUUGAACACGUUCAUCGAUGAUCUGUUUGCCUUCGUGAUCAAGAUGCCGUGGAUGCAUCGCCUGAGCUGCUUUCGUGAUGAUCUUAUCUUUUUUAUCUACCUGUACCAGCGCUGGAAGUACCCGGUAGAUACUAAGCGCACAAACGAGUUUGGCCAAGGACCCGUUGAAGGCGAAAGUUUGUCUAAUGCUGUUACAGGCGGUGCUGAAUCUGCUGAUAGUAUGCUGGAAUUAGCAGCUGAACCAGAGUCUGUUGCUGCUGCUGUUGAUGAAACGGAGGAGGUUUCUCUUCUUCCGUCUGUCCCUCCGUCUACAGAGUAUUUGAUGUCCAAGCGUGUUAACACACUUGAGGGGUCUGUGAGGCAUGAGGAGUAG